AUGCAAAAGGAUAAAGAAGCGUUAUAUCAAAUUAAUAGCUCUCUUUUUGAGGAAGAGACAUCUAUUUUAAUUAAAGCUGAAUCUAAUGAAAGAACUUCUCGAGUUAGUUCCACAAUGUCUGCUUAAUAAGUGGCUUCGGCUUAAUAAGAUAUAAAUAACCUGCCUAAAACUAGUGAGGACUCUGAUAUUCAAGAGGAAUUCUUUGAGAAAAAUGAUGAUAACAAGGAUACUGAUCAACCUUAAGUUCCCCUAAAUGAUAAUCUUCAAGUUCUUGAAUUGGUGGAGGAUAUCUAGCAGCUAUUCAAUUAUGCUGUGCAUGCUUAAGUUUUUGUAACAAAAAAUAGUAAAAUUGGCCUCUGCUCCAGAAAUUAGUUUGCAUUAAUUCUCAGAACCAACUUACUUGUCUUCAUUUGCUAAGAGGUAUGCUUGGGAAUUUUGAUAUAAGAUACUUACUCCAAUUUUAAUUUCUACAAAUGUUAUCAAGCUGAGUACUUGACAUUAAGAUAUCUCCUAUUGAGCAUUAAUUACUAUUUGUUUUGUAAAGACUACAGAUCUGUUAGCUAGUCUGUAUUAUUUACUUAAAAGCUUCAUAUUGAAAAUCAGGUGAGAAAUGGGCAGGAUCCUUAACUAACAGCUUGGAGUAGUGUUGACUUGUGGAGCACCUUGAAACUGUUUUUUGCGGUAUUAAAUUAAGGUAUAGUUGCAGCUAUUAUUUGUUCCAGUAAGUUAAGCGAUGGUGGUUCUCUUGGUCUGAUAACUAAUUUUUCAGCAGUUCUUAUUGUAUGUGAGCUUGAUGAUAUCUUUUACAGUGUUGUUAAGUCAUCAAAGUUAAAGAAAGAAAUGAGACUAACAAUGGUGAAAUAAUUCUAGAUACUUAGAAAUGAAGCUAUUGCUCAAUUUAAACUACUUCAAGAUCCAGAAAUAGAUGCAAAAGUUACAGUCCUAGAUUAAAGUAAUGAUAAAGAUCUUUCUGCUACUGAAGCAGCAAAAUAGCAAAUUGAGAAUACCUCUUAUGGUCCAGUUGAUGAAAUAAAAGCUAAAAGAAUUAUCCAAGCUAUAUAGGGAAAUGUUCUAGUAAUGAAUGAUUUAUCUCAAAAGUUCAAACAUCUUAAUCCCGCCAAAUUGAAUAUGAUCUUACAAACAACACCUGAUUAAUUUAACGUUAGUACAGAGUAGAAACUAGAGGACAAAUUUAUGACAGUAACAAUAGAUGAGACAAAAGUAAAUGGCAAGUAUCUUAACCUUUUGCCACCAUCGUAUGUUUGCAAAUUUGUUUUUCUUAUGAGUUUUGCCUACUUGAUCUAUAGUGAUGUUUAAAGGGAACCUAAUCUAUUAGGUAUUAAUGAAGCUGGAUAUAGAGUGACUGCAUCAUCUUCCUAUCCCAAUUAUGAGCCAUUAUAUUCUAAGCUUGAUUCUGAUAAUAAAGGAUUAUUUGGUAGAGGAUCAGCAUGGUGUCCAUAAGAAGCUAAAUAAGGCUAAUACAUCUAGAUUUCAUCAGAAUCAGAUGAAUAUUGGGAUCAUAUAAUGAUCUAAGGUGCUGCAAAUGAGGAUAAAUGGGUAACUUUUGUAGCUAUCUAUGAAUCUAGUGAUUUAAAGGAAUUCAACCUAGUUGACAAUGUUCUGGCUAACACUGAUAGUAAUUCAAAAACUAAGAUAACUUUGAGUGGAUAAGAAACAGCCAAAGCUAUACGACUCUAACCUAUUUUAUGGAACAAUUUCCCUUGUUUAAGAUUUGAAGCGUAUAUAAUUCAGAAUUGA